AUGGCCGGAGCAAGCUCUAGCAUUGGUCAGUUCACCAAGCCAGAAACACAUACAAGUAUCAAAACUCCUGUCUCCAGCUUGUCAAUUCACCAAGCCAGAUUAGAAUCCAAAAUUACAGGCUUUCAUCCCGCAGAACCCUUUCUUAGCACCCCUAGACAAAUUGAGAAACAAGCAGUGGAUAAAUGGUUGUCAAUUUCUUUCAUGGAGGUCACAAUAUACAAAAUUGAUUUUGCCAAAUGA